AUGUCUGACGCUAUCGUAGAUGCUGCUUCGGCGAUGCAGUCAAAGAACACUGCUAUCGACAUACCAUUUAAAUUCAGCGACAAGGCCGAAGCCAGAGCAGAGUAUCGCAAUCGCCUUCUAGCUGAACAUAACAGCGAUGGUACCUCGCUGGCUCUCAUCAAACGAGACGAGGCAGUCUUCGCUAAUGCUGAUGAGGAGUUCAACGGGGAAAUAGCAGCAGAAAUUCUCGAACUCCCGAGCGGCACUCGCGUGCUUGAUCUGCAUUCUCAACUUCAGAAAAUAUCAGACGAUUUCAAUGACCUUGUUGAUAAUCUUCUAGAUGAACGCGAAAAGGUGACCGUGAUUAUCUCCUCGAGUUUUGGUUGA